AUGUCAUUUGCAAAUCAGUCUCAGACCAACAUCACUGCUGGUCUGCAGUAUCAGGGGCUACUGGGAAUAGUGAUGUUUUCCAUUCUGACUUCAGUGCCAUGCUGUGUGUUUCUCUUCAUUAAUGUGACUAUGCUGUUCACUUUGAGGAGUAAACUGGUGUUUCGUGAGACUUCCCGUUACAUUCUUCUGUAUAACCUCCUUUUUGCAGACACUGUACUCCUGGCACAGAGUCAGUUGCUGUACAUAAUUGCUGCUUGUAGAAUAAUAUUGACAUAUCCUGUAUGUGGUUUUCUCAUCACGCUUGCUUAUCUCACAAAUGAAAUCUCUCCUCUCACACUGGUGUUGAUGUCUCUGGAGCGAUAUGUAGCUGUGUGCUACCCACUGAGGCACGCUACCAUCAUCACCACCAGAAACACAGGGGUGGCCAUCACUGUGGUUUGGGCCUUUUGUUCAGUAAAUGUCUUUAUUCGAGUUGUUUUGCUGUUAGAUUUUCCAUUUGAAGACCUGGACAGCCUGCAGAUGAAAGACUUUUGCUCUGACAUAGCCAUGUUUGUUGGUGUAUUGUCUGAUCAUUAUGACAAAGCCUACACUUGUUUUGUGUUUAUAUCAGCUGGUGUGGCAGUCAUUUCUUCUUAUAUUGGAGUGAUAGUAGCAGCCAGGUCGGCCUCCACAGACAAAGCUUCAGCCCGUAAAGCUCGUAACACACUGCUGCUGCAUCUGGUGCAACUGGGCCUCAGUCUGCUGGCAACUAUGCACAAUCCAUUACUUUUAGCUAUUUCAGAAAUUGGAAGCAGGAUAGUCAUUGUGCGUAUCCGCAUGGUUGUUUAUGUAUGUAUUAUCCUCUUCCCCAGAUGUCUGAGUUCUCUCAUCUAUGGGCUCAGAGAUCAGACCAUCAGACCCAUCCUCAUGUAUCAUCUGUGCUGUCGAGUGAAACUCUCAGUAAUUCCAGCCAAAGCUGAGGUCAGCGUUCUCUAUCAAUAG